CAGCCGUCAACCCUCACCGCCGACGAUGAAGUCCCUGAUCAUCCUGAGCGCGGUUCUCGCCGUGGCCGUGGCGAAGCCCGGCUUCCUGGGGGCUGGUCUGGCAGGCCCGGCCAUCGCAGCCGCCCCCAUCGCCGUGGCGGCGGCACCGCAGCCCCCCGCCAACAUCAUCGUCGGACCUGGCGGUGUGCCCCUCGAUACCCCUGAGGUGGCGGCAGCCCGCGGAGCCCACCUGGCCACCGUCGCCCAGACACGGGCCCGCGACGCCGUCGUCAACUCGGCCGCCAUCCUGGCAGCCGCUGCCGCCCCCGCCGCCAUCGCCGCCGCCCCCGCCGCCAUCGCCGCCCCCGCCGCCGUCGUCGGCUCCCCCAACUAUGCGGUCGGCCCCCCUGCGCUGAUUAACGGCCUCGCUCCUUCGAUCGCCGCUCUGGGACCACAGAUCGCUGCCGCCGGCGCCGCCUCAGCCGCCUCAGCCGCCUCAGCCGCCGCUGCCGCCGGUGCCGCCAUCGCCGCCGCCCCCGCCAUCGCUGCCGCCCCCGCCGCCAUCGCCGCCCCCGCCGCCGUCGUCGGCUCCCCCAACUAUGCGGUCGGCCCCCCUGCGCUGAUUAACGGCCUCGCUCCUUCGAUCGCCGCUCUGGGACCACAGAUCGCUGCCGCUGGCGCCGCCGGAGCCGCCGGUGCCGCCAUCGCCGCCGCCCCCGCCAUCGCCGCCGCCCCCGCCGUCCUCGCCGCCCCCGCCGCUAUUGCCGCCGCCCCCGCCUACGCUGUCGGUCCCCCCGCGCUGGUCGGUGGCAUCGCUCCCUCGAUCGCCGCCCUUGGCCCAGCGGUGGCUGGCGCCCCGGGAGCCCUGGCUGCCGCCGCCCACCUGCAGGCCAAGGCUGCCCUGCUGGGCUGA